AUGAAGAGUUCUGAUGUUCAACAAACAAGAGCAAAAAUGGAGACCUACAAGUCCACACUCGGAACAAUGACGCCGGUCUUUCUUCUGAACGUUCUUGUCCUAAUUCUGAGAACAGAGGCUCAGGUACCUGAUGUUUGUUCCUUGAGUGACACCAACAGACCUCCAGAAGACUCUGACAUACAUGUAGUGUGUGGCACCGAGUACAUGGACCUGAGCAUCUACAUCUGUCCGGUUUACCAAGCCCGAUACAACGAGUCUCUGAUGGUCCUCAACAAUGAGUUCACCAAACCUGAGUGCUUUGGGACUGCGAACAUGACAGCUGUCCCGCCGGUCUUAAAAUUCAAAAUCCCCUUGAAUGAAAGUGCCAUCGCUGCCUGCAACAGUAUCUUUAAGGUGACCACUGAGGUUGGAACUGGAGAGUUUUCCGACUUCUCAAAUGUCCAGUUCAUCAACAUCUCAGGCGUGAUUAAUACUAUAGACCCGUCUACCGGCAUGAUCACCUACAGGCCACAGAUCAUGUACAAGUUCUCCUGUCGUUACCCGAUGCAGUAUGUCCUGAACAACACUGAAGUGGCUGUUUCAGGAGUCAAGGUCGCCAUGAGGGGAAACAAUGGCAGCUUCAUCAGCUCUCUGGCUUUAGAGCUCUACAAUGACGACCAGUACCAGGACCGUCUGGUAAUCCCUUCAAUAGGACUCACUCUGAAGACCAAGAUUUACGUCGCAGUUACAGCCACCAAUUUAACAGACAGGUUCAACGUGCUGCUGGACAGAUGCUACGCAACAACAGAACCCUAUCCCGUUGUAAACGAGUUUUAUGAUCUGUUUGUAGGGUGCACACGUGACGCACAAACUAAGAUUGACCGCAACGGGGCGGAUCAUAAAGCGUACUUCUCCUUUGAGGCCUUCAGAUUUGUGAAGCACAAGAACCAGAGCAUUUCCACUUUCUACCUGCACUGCGUCACCAGACUCUGCGAGGUGUCCUCGUGCAACUCCUUCCUGCCUGACUGUACCAGUACCCCUGUAUCUCAGAGGAGAAAGAGAGAGAUCCAGGAAGUGUCCGACGCCGCCACGGUCACCUCACCCCCCAUUGUUGUGGGCCAACAGGGCAGUGGUUUUCAGUCCGACAACUACAGCAGCCCUGUGGUGGCUGUGAUCGUCUGCAUCGUCAUCCUAACCAUCUUCGUCGCCGCCAUGGCCGCCUACGUAGUGUUGCACAACAGAAGAAAACCACUUAUCCAGUAA